UAUUUAUGUGUUUGUGUAUUUCAGUUAUGUAUUGUUAGACCGCCGUUUCGCACGCUGUAUAUUUAAAUUUAACGGUGGGAAAAGGAUAGUUGCGCAAAUGGAAGAUCGCUAUUUAUCCAAACUGUCACCUGCUGAAGAUUAUGGAGCGGGUGCUUAUCUGGUAGUUAUUGCUGUCCUGUCUGUCCUGGGAAAUAUAGCUGUCCUCGUCACUGCUUUGAAGAGAUCCUCCCACCUGAAGCCCCCAGAGCUGCUGAGCGUGAAUUUAGCUGUGACUGAUCUUGGCAUGACAAUCAGCAUGUAUCCACUCUCCAUUGCCUCUGCCUGGAACCAUAGAUGGCUGGGAGGAGAUGGCGUCUGUAUUUAUUAUGGAUUAAUGGGAUUCUUCUUUGGAGUUGCCAGCAUAAUAACUUUAACUAUGAUGGCUAUAACUCGAUUUAUAGUCACAACGAGUUUGCGAGUUCCUGGUGAGAAGAUCAGCAAGAAGAACGUGUCUAUUAUGAUUCUUUUCACCUGGCUCUAUGCUUUGAUGUGGGCUGUCUUUCCGUUACUCGGCUGGGGAAAGUAUGGUCCUGAACCAUUUGGGUUAUCUUGUACUAUCGCCUGGGGUGAAUUUAAAGUCAACGGAUCUACAUUUAUUGUCUGCAUUUUCACACUCUGCACAAUAGUACCAGCUCUGACCAUCAUCAUAUGCUACUUUGGAAUAGUAUGGAAAAUUCAUAAAGCAUACAAGUCAAUGGGGAACAGGAACCAAAUGCCCAAUGCAAUGAAAGUAGAAUGGAGGCUGACAGCUAUGGCGGUGGUCAUCAGUGUUGGCUUCAUCGGCUGUUGGACUCCCUAUGCUGCAGUCAGCCUCUGGUCAAUGUUCAGGUCCAGUGACUCAAUACCACCUCUAGUGAGCUUGCUGCCCUGUCUGUUUGCAAAGUCCGCCACAGCAUACAACCCUUUCAUCUACUACAUUUUCAGCAAAUCGUUCAGGAGAGAAAUUAAAAUGCUAGCCUGCUUCUGUAGAAAGCCGAAUGAUUUGCUCAACACAGUCAACAUGGCAGAAAACCCAGUGUAUGUGAUUUGUGAUGGUAAAAGAAAAACGAUAAACCACACUGCCAUUGCAGAAGAUUCCAACCGUUAAUCAAAUCUAGACAAAGCUGAACUCUUAGAGCUGUGAAUCAAACACCUUGUACCUACUACACUACAUCUAUCAGUCAGUCUGCAUUACACUAACUUUCAUACAGUGACUGUUCAUGGACAGGGUACUUCACAACCAGUGCAAACUUAAAAGGGAGCAGUUAUAAUGCUUCUGAAACUACAGUAUUGCUUAAUUUCCCUCUGCAUUGAAAUGCACAUAGCAUUUUACAGCCUGAAAGAGCACAAAAAGAUUUAAAAUGGCCAUCUAGACCUCAACACAAAAGCUACAGUUCCCUUAAACCAUGUUAUGUUAUUUUAAUUGAAUAUACCAUAUUGUGUAUUUUUCACUGUUGUCAUUGUAAUUUUGUCUGCCACGUUUUUGACUGAAUACAGUAUGUGACUGCUUGCUGGGCACUGUUUUGUAUUUAUGAAAUAAAAGCACCAAAAUCAAAAGAAUAAGGCAACUGUAA